AUGGGUUGUUGGGUUCUAAGAUAUGAACCUAACAGUUUUGAAGCAAUGCUUCAGAACUUAACCCAAUUAAAAGAGCUGUCGCUUUCGUGGAUGAGCAUCCCAUUCGAGUUAAGAACGAAUUUUUCUUCAUCUUUGACAUAUCUAAGUCUCACGGGUACUGGAAUAAGAGGUAAUCUAUUAAGUAAUGUUUUCCAUCUGCCAAAUAUGCAAGUUCUCUUGUUAGGUGACAAUGAGAAUCUUACUGUUAGUUUACCGAAAUUGAACUGCAGCAUUUUUUAUUCUCUGAGGCAGUUGGACCUAUCGAGCACAAGUUUCUCUGCUGCAUUGCCAGAUUUAAAGGGGUGUGCAGUGUCCUUAAAUUCUUUGAAUCUAGGAUCCUGUCAAAUUUCUGGUGUCAUUCCUGAAUCAAUUGGCAACCUUACACAACUUACUGAAUUGCAUCUGGGUGACAAUUUGUUGGCUGGGGAAAUUCCAAACUCACUUCGCAACCUUAGGCAUCUUGAGAGUUUAGACCUCUCUAGUAAUCUACUGAUGGGGGAAAUCAAAGAUUUUAUAAGUAGGUCACUAUCAAUGAUUUUGUUGAAUAACAAUCAACUAAGCGGUUCAAUUCCUCCAUCAAUUUUUACUCUUCCGAACCUAUCUUUCCUUGACCUUUCAGCAAACCAUUUUAUUGGGGUUGAGCAAGACUUGCUUGUGGACUUCAAUAAGCUUCAAAACAAUGCUUUUAACGGUGAAGCAGCAUGGAACACUACCAACAAUAUGAACAUUCCCUAUCCAAAUUUGGGAUUCUUGGGCUUGUCUUCUUGCCAAAUUAAGGAAUUUCCAGAGUUUCUGAGAAAUUCGGAGAGCUUAUCUUAUCUAGAUCUCUCAUCCAAUAUGAUUCAUGGCGAAAUCCCAGGCUGGUUCUUGUCCAAGACAUGGGAUAUUCUGGUCUACUUGAACCUUUCACAUAACUUCUUAAUUGGCAUUGUAGACCAACUACUCGUAACUCCCUCUAUCGCGUAUCUAGACAUGAGUUCCAACUCACUUCAGGGUCAAAUACCUUCUUCUAUCUGUGAAUCAAGUCUUCUUACUAUUCUUGAUUUGUCAAAUAACAAUUUGUCUUGUCCAAUUCCUCAAUGCUUGGGAAACUCCAGCCAGUAUCUAGAAAUUAUGGAUUUGGGAAAUAAUAGGCUUUUUGGCACCAUUCCCACAACAUUUUCAAAAGGAAACUCUUUGCGGUUCCUUGUGUUGAAUGACAAUCAAUUGCAAGGGCCAUUGCCACGAUCUUUAGCUCAUUGUGAAGACGAAAAGUCCAUUUCCUCUGUUGAGAAUUAUUGA